AUGACGAUGACUCUGAGUUAUAGGAAAAGGGAAGGGACAGUUAAAGUUUCUCAAUUUACUGUUGGGCGCAAAAGCAACAUAUUCCUGGAAUAUCGGUUUUCAUUGCUUCAUCCUCUCUUAAUUAAUGAAAAUCCCAGAGAUGCACAGAGAACCCUCUUUGUAUUCCAGCUGCAGAAUAUUUAUUUUAACAUUGUCACCUUUGUCAAGGUGCUGCCGGACAAAGACGGCCGCUACGCCCUGUAUGACGCGACCUAUGAGACCAAGGAGAGCAAGAAGGAAGACUUGGUGUUUAUCUUCUGGCCCCCUGAGUCUGCACCCCUUAGGAGCAAAAUGAUCUACGCCAGCUCCAAGGAUGCCAUCAAGAAGCUGACAGGGAUCCAGCAUGAAUUACAAGCAAACUGCUACGAGGAGGUCAAGAACCACUGCGCUCUGGCAGAGAAGCUGGGGGACAGAGCGGUCAUCUCCCUGGAGGGCGAGCCUUUGUGA